AUGUCUGAUUAUACUUCAAGUCCAUCGAGGCCUGCUUCACCUGUCGGCGCCCUACCCGAAAUACCCACAGCUCGUCCGUAUAGGUUCGCCUGGGAUGCAUCUACUCGAAGGCAGGGACCAGGCAGCGUCUCUGAAACAACAGAGGGUCGUGGAGGCGACUAUUUUACCACUCCCGCCCGUCUUGACUUCCUCAAUACUUCGUCGUUGAACCUUACACUCGGCGCAUUACCUUCCGAAUGGAGCAGUUCUAAGCAUGGGUUCAAUGCUAUCUCUACGGUGUUGAACAACCCUCGCAAGCAUGCUGCUCCACCAAAGGCACAUUCAUCGUUGCCCGCUGUCCUACCGGCUGAUCUUCCUCGUGUCAAGCGAAAAGAUUUCGAUUCAUAUCUUCGUGCCGUUACUCCGGGUUGGGAGAAGUUCGAGAGAAACAGAGACCUAGGUCGAGAUGGUACUGUUCAGGUGGACAUGACGCCUACACCGCGUAGUUCUAUCACUAUUGAUACACCCAUAAGCCCGCGUACGCCUCGAUCAGGAAGGCUAAUGCCGCCUCUCAACACAGUACCUUCUGUCUUUUUUGACCCUCAGUUCAAUCUGGGAGAGCCGCGCGUAUUCGAUGCAGUCACGGAACGUCAGGAUGGAGACACGGACGGUUCAGAUCCAUCGCUACUAUCCUAUUCCUUACCAUUACUCGAGAAGUUGUCACAUCACGCUGAUACUAUCGAACAGCAUCUCGUCCGUGAGAUAUCCCUUCGCUCCACUUCCUUUUUUGCAGCUCUUUCCAACCUGCAGGAUCUUCAGACCGAAUCAGAGGAGUGUCUUGAUCGAAUAUCAAAGCUUCGCGCCCUUCUCAACGAUGUGGAUGAGAAGAGUGCUAAGCGAGGAUUAGAAGUUGUACGAAAGGAGACCAAGCUUCGGAAUCUGUACUCUGUCUCGGAGGGUGUUAAAGAUAUCAAAGGCGUAAUGGAGAUGACUGCAGUCGCUAAAGGCCUGGUUACUGCUGGUCAGUGGGGUGAGGCUUUGGAUGUCAUCGAUGAAAUGGAGUCCCUUUGGGACCCACCGCCUCAGAAGACCAAUAACACUAAAGCUUCACAGGUGGCAGUUCCUACUACUAGUAACGGGCGACUAUCUCCUUUGCCUCCUACUCCCGAGUCCCCCGUGCCGGAUGCUACGAAAAGGAUUUCGCCAUUGGUACCUCUUUCAACGCUUAAUUCAUUUGCCUCGUUACCCUCACAUCUUCGAACGCUUACGAUGGAAGUCGCUUCUUCGUUGACUACAGACCUCGUCAGUGUCCUAAAAGCAGAUUUCUCUGACCGUGUCAAUGGGGGCUCCAAAAUCUUAUCGAACAAGGCAAAUAUGGAGAUAACUUUGAAAGACAGAUUACGCCCUCUCCUUCAAGGGGUAGUCCGAACAAAGAGUGUUCGAGACGCUGUCGUUUCAUGGAGAGAGGUAGUGAUGAAUGAUGUGAGGGGGAUUAUAAAACGACACCUACCGUCUUUCAAUUUGGACGAAGAUAAUCCGAAAGCUUCAAAAGGGAGCGCAGAAUCAGAAAAAGGUGGACUAGCCAAUCAUCUACGAUCAAAAUCGCAUGAAGAAUUCAUGGCUCUUAUCUCACUGAUAUAUGAAGACUGUCUAAACGGCGCGGAAAGCAUACGAUCUCAAGGUUCCGUUUUGUUAGAAGUAUUAGGAUCUCUACCAAAUUCAAAUCCACUGGUGGAUAUCCCUGCGCUCCAAGAAGAUUUUGCAGACAUCUUGUCUUCCUCCGUGGAGCUAGUAAAUAAGCUAGUAGCAAAAGUAGUUGGAUAUCGCUCGGAGCAGCACGCUGCGCUAGACCUUGUCAAAUUCUUGGCCUUGUUCAAUGAAUCUUGGGGAUUUGUCGUGAAGUGUGAGGUCAUGUGCCGACGCAUGAUUGUGGGACUAAGGGGUACAAUUCUUAGUCAGGCAAAGCUGUUCCUACAAAAUUUCCAUCAGACUCGUAUCAAUCAAUCUGCAAAGCUUGUUGAAGAUGAACAAUGGAACCCAGCCGAGAUAUCACCAUCUGUACAGCACAUGGCUGAUGUUUUGUCCGACUCCGCUGUUCGAGACUCCCCAGAACUGGUUUUGAACGUCAACAAGUCACCCGCGGGUCAACCCAGCAAUGGUGCUUCGACUUCUUUGGUUUCACCAACGGGUUCUGGCAAGCUGAAUGGAGCGAGUUCCUCGUCAAAGCACCUGUAUAUUGAAGAGCGACCUUACUUUUGCGUUUCCGCGACGGCAGAGGUACUUGCGCUCCUUUUGGAUUACCUCAAGGUGGUAGUGAACCUUUCCAUGUUAAACACCGAUACCAUGAGUCGCAUUAUCGAGUUCCUGAAGGCCUUCAAUUCACGUACAUGCCAAGUGGUUUUGGGCGCUGGUGCUAUGAGGUCUGCUGGUUUGAAGAACAUCACUGCAAAGCAUCUCGCUCUGGCAUCGCAGUCUCUGUCAAUAAUGAUUGUCCUAAUACCAUAUGUACGAGAGACAUUCAGACGUCACUUGAGCCCGAAUCAAGCUGUCAUGCUCGUAGAAUUCGACAAAUUGAAAAGGGAUUUCCAAGAACAUCAGAAUGAGAUCCACUCGAAGUUGAUCGCUAUCAUGGGUGAUAGGAUUAGUGCGCAUGUCAAGUCAUUGCAGGCCGUAAAUUGGGAUGCACUGAAACAAGGGCAAGGCAUCAAUGACUAUAUGGACCUUUUAACCAAGGAGACCGUCACCUUACACAAAGUGUUGUCACGGUACCUUUCUGCCCCUGUCGUCGAGUAUGUUAUGACGCAAGUCUUCGCCGCUAUUAAUCACCGACUAUCCGAGGAAUAUGCCGCGAUUGAAUUACCCAGCCAAGAGGCAAAGGACAGACUGCUCGCUGAUGCGCGAUAUCUGCACCAAAAGUUCUCGGGGCUUAAGAAUGUUGGCGCGCCAACCAACAUGCUGGAGACGGUUGUGUCCGAGAAGCCAGUACCCCGCAAAUCUGUGCUGAACAACAUACGGGCAAGUGCAAGUCCGAAUGAGCGAAUCAAGGGUCUCCUAUCACGGAGGAACAGCCAGAUGCCGGAAAAGCCUCUUCCUAUUCCCAUAACUUCGGCAUCUCCGUCUCCCACACCGCCUCUGAUAAAUGUUAUUAAUGACAGCACCGUCGACCUCGGGGAACAACCAGCCACAGAUGUUCCAAGCAUAUCAACGCCGCCACCAGGGGCGGGGGGCGCUGGAGAGGAAGGUCGACCUGGGUUCAAGCAGGUUGAGGAACCUGACGCUGCACCGAAUUUAGAAAAGGUUGAGGAGGUAGAGCAGCAGAAUGGUUCCUCAGGGGAGGUUGAUAGUAAACCCACAACUGCGGUGUCACAGAGUGUGGUAGGUGAGGAUGAGGGUAACAACGGUGGUCGCGAUGGCCACGAGGUUACCACUUUGUCGACUAAUGGUAGUGGCUGA